AGAAACCUUAUACUUGGAUUGCAUAAUAUCAAACUGAAAACCAUUUCACAAACUUUGUGAAAAAACUUCUUAUUGUUGACGUUUGAAAAGUGAGGCGUUUCUGCGAAGUUAUAAGGAAGUCAUUCUUAAGAACUACAUGUGUCACUUGGAAGGAAAGGACCUGUUGUUGACUUGCUUGGAAACACUGUGGACAUUUUUGUGACGAAUUGUUCGUGGAAAUGUUUGGACCAAAUGGAAAUCGCGUCCCAGAUGGCUGGUGUAUUUAUCAGCUCUCACAUUAUGGUCAUCAGAAUAUGGAGAGCAGUGAGCUGAUUGUUACGGAUCAUGUCCUAUCGAGCGAAGAGUUGAACGACCUCAGAAUGAACAGUGGAUGGGAAGACAGUAUCAAACGGACUCAGAAAAUCAUCCAGGAUGGUUCUUUAGAGCUGACAGAAACGGGUAAAGCGCUGAAAGUACAGUCAGAGCGCCCUCACUUGGUGAGUUUGGGCGGCAGUCGAAUCAGCACGGCGAUAACGUUAUUGCCUUUACAGGAAGGUAAGACAUGUAUCGGGACGUUAGACGCCAAGACGCCCCAAGACAUUGUGAUCCAGGGGAAGAACGUCGAGCCGGAACAAUGCUGGAUCGAGAACAGGAACAACACGGUUACGUUGAUACCUCUAGGUCCAUGCACUGUGGACGGAGAUACAGUGGUAGACCCUACAAGACUUACACAAGGUGCAAUGCUCUGCUUCGGCAAAUCCUGCUACUUCCGAUUCAACAACCCCUCCGAAGCGAAACAGCUCAAACAGGGGACUUCCCUCAACAUAACCCAGCAGCACGUCCCCGGUAGUCUAGACUUCGCAAACAGUAACACCGACCGACUUAACGCCAACGUGACAACAUCGACGACACAACAGAAUGGCGUAUCGCAUCACAUGGAUUACACGCCAGCUCGGGUGCAGCACAUCCCGACUGUGUGUUUCACGAACAGCAACAGCAACCACAACGCAGACACUCGGUCGAACCGGUUAGAGCAGAGCAUCGAAGCGGAGCUCAAGGAGAUCAUGAGGCAAGUCUCGACAGAGGAUGAAUAUGAGAGCGAGAUGUACUCAAAUAAAUACGCAAUGAUGGAAUCUCCCGAGAAGGAUUACAUCCACGAACCUCGGGAUAUAAUCCCCAGCACGUCGUCGACAGACUCAAGCGGCAGCGAAAUGUGGCCAGAAGCGGGGCAUCUUGAGUCGUCUGCAUCCCCGUUAUUUUUCUCAAAUCACGGUGAGAUCCGAGAAACUGCCAUCACUGAUGAUGAUAUUGACGGAGAGGAAAGCGAGGCAAAUGCAACGAGCGAGUACCAGCCGCCAGUCAGUACGAUAAGGUCAAAGUUCGAGGAGGUGAUCAAAAACAAUAGUCCGAGCCCAACCAGGAAGCAUUUUCAUAUCCCGACGAGUCCACGUGGAACUCUAGAGAAAGAUCACCAUAAGAUCGGCCCGCAAUCCCCUACUAGGGUCAAGCUGGGUCAGAGUAGUCUAUACACCAAUAAGAACUCACUCACCACCCAGACUCGUAGGUCUGAGAAUGACAGGUCUUCGAGCGAUUCGAGUCUGAGCUCAACGUCUCUUACGACGGUCACGAGCACCGCAACAACGGCAACAACGGAGAGAGAGUGGUCAGGAUCUGAUCAAUCCGGAGUCAGUGUGACUCUGACGUCUUCACUAUCCGACGUCAAAUCCACAAAUUCAACAGUCAGCAUUGAGACCCCGGGCUCGGCCAGUUCGGUCGUUCACAGAGAUCCCCUCAAAAUGUCAUCACCUGUCCCUCCUCUAAGUCCAGAUCAGAGAUUCUUCGCUCCUCCCGAGGCGGACAUCCGUCACACCCUCAUUGUCGACCCGGACGAUUUUGACGACGCCACGCAGAAGGAGCUCUGCAAGAUUCACAUGCAGGCCGUCGCGCAACGCAAAGAAGCAGAGAAGAUCGCCACCUUGGAGAGGCAAAGAAUGGAAGAGAUUCUGAACAUCUGCGCUGAGUACGAGGCGCAAGAAAAAGACGGUAAACCACACCCCAAGAAGAAACCUGCUCCUCCGGGGGGUAACUUCUCACCCCCACAACUUCCUCAAGUGUCAGUGAAGCAAGCGGAAGCAAAGGAAAAGUCUCCACCACGUAAGGAGACAGAUAACAACGAAGAGCAGAACGGAAUCCCAGCGGCAUCCUCACCAAAAGCAAGCUCCAUGGCUGCUAAUCUCGGCGUCAAAGUCAUCAUUGAUUCCCCCAUUGUAAGAAGCAACACCUCCUUACAAGAAACCCCACACAAGGAGAUGAAUCAAGCUACGUCUCCUAGAGAUCAGAAUGUAUGGUAUGAGCCGCUGAAAGACGUCAGCAGUACAGCGCCCUCUUGUGAGACUACGCAGUCACCUAGGAGUAACAGAGAACAGAGUCCUCCUCCCAAGCCACCAAGGUCAACAACAGUCGACUCCGAUGCUGAGCCUGAGUCCAUGAACACUAAAGAUAUCGCUACCGCCAUCUCCAAGCUUGAGGAUGCACGGGACAAUUCCAUCCAGAAGAUUGAAGCGCUGGAGCGAAAACUGGAUGAUCUAGAAGUACAGGAGUCUGAAAUGCUCAGAGAGGAAAGAAAACAAGUCGACCAAGCACGGUUUGAGCUCAAACAGCUAGAACAACGCCACCUGGAAACAGAACGGCAACUCGAAGCAUGUCCCAUUGAGGACACUGCUCGCAAGCAGGCUCUGCUGUCCCAAUACCAGCGGGAGGCGGAGAAACUGGAAGUGGAGAGGAAACGAUUUGAAGAUUUGGAGUUCCAACAGCUUGAGACGGAGGCUAGGAUUGAAGAGGAGAGGGAGAUCAUGGAGCAUGAGUUAUCUCUGGAGGAAUCCAAGGAGGAAGAGAAAGUUAAGACGAGGAAGGUAAAUGUGACAGACAUAGACAAGCAGAUGACUCACGUUAUUACAGAUGCUAAGAUUGAAGCGGAGAAACUUGAGCAUCAUCAAAAAGAGACAGAGAGGGAUCUAGCCAAGGAGAAGAUUAGAUUGGGCGAUAUUGAACGUCAGUACAACCGUCUUCUUUUAUAUUACUCCAAGAAGUCCUCACUACCUCGCGAUGAAGAAUCUCCAGAUUUGAUCAAGAUCCGUGAGCUUGCCGAACGCCGUCUCCGUCUUCAGCCCGAGAUGUCGCUAAGCGAUGAGUUCCUUGCUAAGCGCAAGUACAACUCCCUCCCGAGAGACUUAAAGGGAGGUCCACCGAGUGAUUCAUCCUCAAGUCCCUCCCAGCUCUCCCCGGCCUCUUCCCAUAACAGUCUACCCAGGAAGGGAGGAACCCUCGGAGAUAUCGAGAGAAAUAGACGGAUGACCCUGGAAGAGACAGGAGACAGACUCAUCGAAGAAGAGAAACAACGCUUAUGCGAUCUCCGUCGUCGAGCAACCAACGAAGCCCGCGUCCAAUGGGAAGAGAGGAAGCAACGCGAGCAACAUCUCUCGAUGCCGCUACUCUCCCCCGGUUCCCUGCAUGGUGGUCCCGCUAGCCCUACUACGUCGGCGUACAGCUCGCCCUGUCAGUCUAUUGGGUCUCCUCUUCCUCUAGUGGUUGACUCUCCGAUGAGUGAUUGUACAAGUGUCUCGAGUUUCGAGAGUCUCGACGGACAUCUCGAGACGUCGGGAGUCUAUUCUGGAAACUCAACUCCGUCCAGAACAUUCAGCGCUGGCUUCACCAAGGAGGAGCGAGACAAACUUAGCGAGAUGGAACGUCUUCUGAAAGAGGCUCAGGCUGAGAAACAAGCCCUCCUCGAUCAGCAGGUACCCAAUAAAGCACGUCAUCAUAUACAACCAGUCAAUCGUCUGAGGCAGGCAGAAGAGCAGCUCCUGAGGGAUGAGCAGCACAAGAGGGAAGAGCUUGAAAGGCAACUAAUGGACGAGACCGAGAGACGAGAAGAGUUGGUUAAUACCCAAGUGAGAAUGAGAGAGAAGCAGAGAAGCGUCCAAUCUCGACCGUUAACAAGGUUCUUACCAUGCUCCAGUCAAGAUUUUGAUUUAAGGAAUCACAUUGAGAAUGCGGGACACAAUGUACAGAUUUGUAAAGAGCUAACGAUAUCCAGGAACACCUGUCGAGGCUACAUGAUAAAGAUGGGCGGACGCAUCAAGACAUGGCGACGUCGAUGGUUCGUCUUCAAUCGAGUCAAACGCUCCUUCCUCUAUUACUCCUCAGAUCGGGACGAGCUCCGACCCAAAGGAGGCAUGUACUUCCAGGCUAUCCAAGACGUCUACUUCGAUCACUUGAGACCCCACAAGAGUCCGGACCCGGUGUUGACAUUCUGUGUCAAGACCAAGGAGAGGACGUUUUUCCUGGUGGCGCCGACGGCGGAGGCGAUGCGUAUAUGGAUGGACGUGAUUGUGACAGGCGCGGAAGGGUACAAGGAGUUUCAGUGAGGUGUAGAGACAACUGACUGAUGUGUGGUGCUUGAGGGUGGAGGUCAAAGUUCACAUCCUCUCCCCCUUCCUACUGGCUACGGCUGUGGCUUAGGAUUGCUAUGUAUGGCUUCAGUUGUGGCUAUGGCUGGGCUAUGGAUUGAUUGUGAUUGUGAAGGUCGCGGAAGGAGACAAGGAAUUUCAGUGAAGUGUAGAGACAACUGACUGAUGUGUGGUGCUUAAGGGUGGAGGUCAAAGUUCACACCCUAUCCCCCCCCUCCCUCUACCCACGGGCUGAAGCUGUAGUUUAGGAUCACUAGGGUGUAUGGCUUCAGUUGUGGCUAUGGAUUACUGUAUGUAUGGCUUCAGUUGUUGCUAUGAAUUGCACAUGUUGAAUGUGACUGUAACGGGUGCAGAUGAGUACAAUGCAUUUUGGUAAACAGGAGAAAGCUAAAUGGUGUGGUGCUAAAGGUUGGAGGUCAAAGUUCACAUUCUCUCCCCCCCCCUUCCUACUGGCUACAGCUGUGGCUUUGGAUUACGAUGUUAUGCUUCUAUUGUGGCUAUGGAUUGAAUGUAAUUGGAACAAGUGCAGAGGGGUGAAGAGGAGACUGCUUAAAGAUUUUGUGUUUUUUUUUCCCCCCCUCUUUUUUAUCUGUUUUAUGAGAGAUCACCUAACAUCAUAUAGCCACAGAUGGCCACUUCAAUGCAAGGGCUACACUUGAUCGAUUUGCCCUAUCGCCUCAAAUCAACUGUCACCAUGGGCAAGUUGCCAUCUACCUGUGAGGCUGACACAGGGUCACAAGAGCACAACGCACUACCUUCUCAACUUUUUACGAAGCAAUUAUGGUUAGUGUCUUGCUCAGUGGCUCAAGUGUCGUGGACAAAGAUUCAAACCUACAUGUACACUCUGCGGCUAAUCAACACCAGAUCUUUGGUCCGGUAAACUUCACCGCUUUGCCAUGACACGCGAAACGAUAGAGGUCGGAGUUUUACACCCCUACCCUCUGGCUGCAGCGCUGCGUGAUUUGCUAGGUGUCCCCUUUCCUCACCAAGUGGCUACAGCUAUGGAUGACCGACUCUGGCUUCUGUGAUGGCUAUGGCUAUGAUGAUCAAUUCUGUGAAGCGUAGCCAUUAAAGCAAAACAUGGUGGUUCAAUUAUGACAUUUUUAAAGCAGAUACGAUUCAUUUAAUGUGAGCUUUUAAUGAAGAGAAACAAACGUACUGUUGUUUUAAUGCAUGAAUUUUUGUACAUGAAAAUAUUUUUUCGAGUGUAAACAUUUGAGUGACGUUGUAAAAUGCCAAGAAUAAGGUGUGGUUUAUUUUUUAAAUGCACUGCCAAAUGGAUUAUUGUAUUAUUAUAUGGCCAUUAUGUAGAUAUAGACUAGACCACAGCGAAUGUUGGGCAGAAGUGCCUGCCUUGCACGCCCUCUACCAGCUGUGGAUUUGCGACAUGCCUGUGUUUGGACAAGCUGAACUUUGCACAACGUCACACUUUGAGGCUCGUGAAUAACGCCACAUACCAGCCAGACCGGAUGUUCGGAAAAUUACAAAUGUACCAUUGACCUCGCAUUUGUUUCACACAGAGAUUUGCAGUCAAUUCACUCAUACAUACAUGUAUGUACACACACGUGUAGUGCAACUGUACAUGUAGUACACAUGUACACAUGUAGUACCAUAGAGUUAUUUAUAUUAACUAGAGGGCGCACUAAACACGCGCCCGGUAUGCGCACAGGCUAGGCCAUUUUCUAAGUUGAACAAACAGGCAUUGCUUAGCGUGUGUUUGUGCGGCCAUUUUGUAAGUUGA